CAACAAGUCAAUACUUACAGGGCUUAUCUACACCCAUCUCUCUUUCUCAUAUCCGGGACUGAAAAAUCUUAACCAGGAAAAAGAUGUCUAAUCCGGCCGAAUCCUCCGCAGUUCCGAUGGGAUAUUCGGUCCCGGUGUGUAGUGCCGACCCUCGGGUUCCCCUCCAAAACCUAUCCGCAGUGAGGGUGAGAAUGGAUUCUCUGCAACAGUUCUUGUCGGAUUCUGUCUACAACAAUAACUUAAUCAGUAAAGAUCAGAUGGAAAUGAUCUCCGUCGAGAUCUCUUCCGCCAUCCACCAGAUUAUCGUCAAUGGGGCUGCACUUCUCGCUUGUUCCCAACCAGUGGUCGAGCCUCCGACCGGUGCUAGACUUGUGGAGAAACUUUCAUAUCCACCCGAUCUGAAAAUUGCAACGAAACUCCCUAAUUCAUUGGAAGAUAAUUCCGAUAAAGGUAAUCAGGCGGCGGUGUUCAGUUUGAAAGUGGAGGAAAGGGAUGAUUUUGAUGUUGACUGUGACAUAGUGGAGCUGGAUGCUGUGGAAUUGCUGGCGGAGCACGUUCAUUUCUGUGAGAUAUGUGGGAAAGGGUUUAAGCGAGAUGCUAAUCUGCGCAUGCACAUGCGCGCCCAUGGAAAUCAGUUCAAAACUCCCGAGGCGCUAGCGAAGCCCGAUAAGGGGAACGAAUCUUCGGCAGCGGCGACGAGGAAAACACGGUUCUCGUGUCCCUUCGAUGGGUGUAAUCGAAACAAGAAGCACAAGAAGUUCCGGCCACUUAAAUCGGUGAUAUGCGUGAGGAAUCAUUUUAAGAGGAGUCAUUGUCCCAAGAUGUACUCUUGCAAUCGUUGCAACAAGAAGAGUUUCUCGGUGGUGGCAGAUUUGAAGAGCCACUUGAAGCACUGUGGAGAGUCCAGGUGGAAGUGCUCGUGCGGAACUACCUUUUCGAGGAAAGAUAAGUUGUUUGGGCACAUGGCGUUGUUUGAAGGCCACAUGCCGGCUGUUGUAGGGGAAGAAGACGAUAGGGCCAAGGGUGGUGUGGCAGCUAUGGAGGGAGAUGAAGAGGUUUUGGAAGAAGGGGAAUUGCUGGGGAAUUGUACGGAUAAUGGGUUUUUUGAAGGAUUGCUUGAUGGGUUUGCUUCUAUUGAAGGGUACAAUUUGGAGGAUGUUCUGGGGUCUACUAGAAACGGCUGGGGUAGUGGAAUGGAGGACUUGUGUGGUAUUGGUCGGAGCUAGUUUGAUCGGGUAUAUUUUCCCUCCUGCUUGAUGUGGAUGAUGAUGCAUGGUCUGUUUUUGUUGGGUAUAUAACUGUGUUGUAUUCUUUGUAAUAAUAAGAUGAUUUUCACACUACACCUCGCAGUGGUUUAGGACAUUAAUUUUUGCCCUUUUGCAUAGUCUCUGUUGCUGUUACUUGUAGGAAUAAUUUCUGUAUAAUUUUCCGACUUCUAAUAAAUUUGCAUCUUGUUUAA